AUGCAAGCAGGAACUACAUGUGAUGUGUUCGUUAAAGAAAAUUUGGAAUGGUUGGCAGCAGCUACGGGUUGGUCGAAGUUUUUGCUUGCGGCAUCUGCAGGUGUACUGCAAAAGGGACACUUAUCUGCCUCUCAACAAGUACUGGCUGCCUACUUACCAGGCUCUGGAAGUGGACCAUAUGCAGAAGGAGGAGGACUUUACGGAUUGGGGCUUAUUCGCGCUAAUCAGUUCGAUUUUGAAACCAAGAAUUAUUUAUUAUCUCAACUCACUGCUGCUCCUAAUUAUUCGCAAAAUAAUUUUGAUCCAUAUCAGCAUGGGGCUUGUUUGGGUCUGGGGUUAAUGGCUAUGGGCACAAAUGACCCAGCGUUAAAGAAUAUAUUAUUUGGGCAGUCUUCAAUAGCUGGAGAAGCUGCUGCUUUAGCAAUGGGCUUAGUGUCCCUUGAAAGCAAUUCUGAAGAAGUCUUUUUGGAGUUAUAUAACCAUGCACAAGAAACACCUCACGACAGAAUUAUACGACAAUCCUCUUUAGGAGCAGCUUUAGUAUUAUUUAAAAAUGAAUUAAAAGCAGAACCUUACAUUGAUAUGCUUGUUAAUAAUAUGGAACCGAUGAUUCGAUAUGGAGGCAUGUUUGCUAUUGGCUUAGCAUAUUGUGGCACUAAUAAUACAAACGCAGUGAAAAGACUGUUGCACUUUAGCGUUCUGGAUGUUUGUAUGGAUGUGCGAAGAGCCGCAGUUAUAGCUUUAGGCUUUAUUGUCUGUGAUCCAGUCAAGGCUGUGAAUAUGCUGCUCCCCUUGGCUCAAGAUUCCGUUGAUUUCGUUAGACAGGCGGGAUCACUCGCAUUUCGACCUACCGCUGUUAUUGGAUUAACCUGUGACUUACUAGCUCCUUUAGAUUUCAAGAUACGCUGCGAUAUAUCUCCAGAAAAAAUUGCGUAUACGGAACCUUUUGAUCAAUCGAAAAAGUCAGACAAAAAAGAAGCCACAGUUGCUGUAAGAUUUUAUACACAAACAACAUAA